UAGACCUGGUCUCUCUCUCUCUAGUUACCGUGAAAGACCAUCGUCUACCACCGCUUGUUCUACUACUGUUAAAAAGAUAUUCCAUUGAUCUUCAAUUCAUGCUUUCAUGGUCAAAAGUCUCCCUCUUUGUAUCUUCAAUCUCAUAUAAAUCAGAGCAAUUUCUCAGAUCAUACGAGCCGCCAUCCAUAUGUAAUGUCAUCCUGACAAAAUGAACCUCUCCUUCCUCCUCCUCCUCCUCCUCCUAUUCAUCAGAGAUAUCACCGCCGCCGACAUAUCACCUGGAUCGACCCUUUCCGCCUCAAAUCUAAACCAAACCUGGAAUUCCCCAGACAACUCCUUCGCCUUUGGAUUCAUCAGAGAUGGUUCAACCUACUUCGCCGCAAUCACCUACGGCGGAAUCCCCGUUUGGAAGGCCGGUGGACAGAAUCAAGGAGGAGGCGCCGCCGAUAGCACUGCCACCCUUCAAUUCCUAUCAAACGGAGACCUGCGUCUGGUCAACGGUUCUUCCAAUUCCCUCGUUUGGCAGUCAAACACCACCGGCCGCGGCGUCACCGCCGCAUCCUUGGAUGAUUCGGGUAAUUUACUACUUAAAAACGGCUCAAUUACGGUCUGGUCUAGUUUUGAGAAUCCCACGGAUACCUUAUUACCGACGCAAAAUUUCACUGUUGACAAGAAAUUAGUAUCUGGGUCGUACUCUUUCGGACUUUUGAACAGUGGAAACCUAACCUUAACUUGGAAUAGCACAAUUGUUUAUUGGAAUUUCCAGUUAAACACGUCUGCUCCCUUGAAUCUGUCAUCACCCACAUUAAGUUUGCAGCCGAUUGGUACUUUAUCCUUAUCUGAUUCACGUCUUUCAUCUCCUUUGAUCUUAGCCUAUAGUAGUGAUUUUGGUGAAGGAACUGAUAUUCUUAGAUUCCUGAGAAUGGAUAGUGAUGGGAAUCUGAGGAUCUACAGUUCUUCUAAAGGCAGUCAGCAAAGCCUAAGUAAAUGGGCAGCCAUUAGCGAUCAGUGUCAAGUAUUCGGCUAUUGUGGAAACUUAGGUGUUUGCAGCUACAACGAUUCAGGUCCCAUUUGUAACUGUCCUUCCAGAAAUUUCGAACCGAUUGAUCCAAACGACAGCCUAAAAGGAUGUCGUAGAAAGAUCGAGAUCGAGGAUUGUCCUGGAAAUGCAACAAUGUUGGAUUUACCUAAUACUAAGUUCUUAACUUACCCUCCAGAGUUACCCGCCCAGGUUUUCUUUGUGGGUAUUUCAGCUUGUCGGUUAAAUUGCCUUGUGAGUAGCUCUUGCAUUGCUUCUACUUCUUUAGCAGAUGGGUCUGGCCUUUGUUAUGUAAAAGUCCCUGCCUUUGUUAGCGCUUACCAAUCGGCUGCACUCCCCAGCACUUCCUACGUCAAAGUGUGUGGACCCGUGGACCCAAACUUGCCCACGGGCUCGUCAGCUUCCAGCCAAACGAAGAGCUGGAAGUUGAAACCGUGGUUAGUGUUUGUUAUAGUUUUAUGUACUAUCCUCGGAUUCGUUGUCUUUGAAGGAAGCUUAUGGUGGUGGUGCUGUAGAAAUAGUCCUAAAUUCGGUUCUUUAGCUGCACAAUACGCUCUUCUCGAGUAUGCAUCGGGUGCUCCUGUUCAAUUCUCGUACAAGGAGCUUCAACGAUCGACAAAGGGUUUCAAGGAGAAACUCGGAGAAGGUGGAUUUGGAGCUGUUUAUAAAGGCAUUCUAGCGAAUCGAACUGUUGUUGCAGUUAAACAGCUAGAAGGAAUCGAGCAAGGCGAGAAACAGUUUCGGAUGGAAGUCGCUACCAUUAGUAGUACACACCAUUUGAAUUUGGUGAGGCUGAUUGGGUUUUGUUCGGAAGGGCGUCACCGUCUCCUUGUUUACGAGUUUAUGAAGAACGGUUCGCUUGAUAGCUUCCUGUUUGCGAGCAACGAAGGUCAACAGGAGGAGGAGAAAGUGCUGAAUUGGGAGGCUCGGUUUGGGGUUAUUUUGGGGACGGCUAGGGGGAUAACCUAUCUUCACGAAGAGUGUCGGGAUUGUAUCGUUCAUUGCGAUAUUAAGCCCGAGAAUAUACUUUUGGAUGACAAUUAUAACGCUAAGGUUUCGGAUUUUGGACUUGCGAAGCUGAUUAAUCCAAAGGAUCAUCGGUACCGGACUUUGAAAAGCGUUCGUGGGACGAGAGGGUACUUGCCGCCGGAGUGGCUGGCGAAUCUCCCUAUAACAUCGAAAUCGGAUGUUUAUAGCUUCGGAAUGGUUCUUCUCGAGAUUGUUAGCGGGAGAAGGAAUUUCGAUGUUUCUGAUGAAACGAAUAGGAAAAAGUUCUCAAUUUGGGCUUUCGAAGAGUUUGAGAAGGGAAAUAUUAGUGGGAUUUUGGAUAAAAGACUGGAUGGUAAUGUGGCCGAUAUGGAUCAGGUUUAUCGUGCGAUCAAGAUAAGCUUUUUGUGUAUACAAGAGCAACCCGCAUAUAGGCCAUCCAUGGGGAAAGUGGUGCAAAUGUUGGAAGGGAUAACCGAAAUCGAAAGGCCUCCAAUUCCGAGAACUGGUGAAGUGAACAUCAGUGGAACCAAUUCAAGUGUGAUCAUUGAUUCUCUUAGUCCCGUUUCGACCAUAGCUGCAGCUUCAGCGCCGGUCUCAUAUACAUCGUUUCAAGCCGAGGCCGGGGUAAAUUCGUCUUUUCAAUCAAGGAAGGACACGGAGAGAACCUCGUCUUCGCUCCUGAAACCCUAUUCCAGUUGAAAGAUUUUUGUUGCUUAUAUUCGUAAUGCUUAUUGGUUUUGUAACUGUUGUAUAUGUGUUCACUUUUGUCAUAAGGAGAACUUUAUUUCUAAGGCUGAGAGCAGCCCUUCACUGUAAUUAUAAUUUGUAAUAUGCACUUUUAUUUAGUAAAAGAAUUUUCCACUUCUCAAAUAAAACUAAUAAUUUGAU